UCUCCGAUUCCGUCCCGGCCGGAAAAACAGUUCUAGUCACGUCCGAACUCGGUUUCCGAUAUCUUUGCUUUGGUCCAUGCCAGCCCAUCUAUAUAAGUGCCGACCAGCAGCUAGCGGCGGUAUCACGAACAAGCACAACUCGCGAACGCGACGAAUUAAUUGCUAGCUUGAUCGAUCAAGAGCCAUGGCAACAGCGCCGAGCGAUCCCGCGAAGAAGAAAUUCAUCUCCAGGCACGGCUUUGCGCUGACGGCGGCGCUCAUCUUCCUCGUGCUGCUGUUUGUCGCCGGCUCAAUCGGCACGCUUCAUGACCACCACAAGAACGACCCGAACCAUCCGCGUACAGUAUCACGCAAGAUUUUGAUCAGCAUCGAGAGCACGACGGACGACGAACCACCGAGCCGCCGGCCGACGACAACAGGCGGCGGCAGCAACAACAACAACCCGCUGCCGAGAGGAAUCGUGCAGCGAACGUCGAACCUCGAAAUGGAGUCCAUGGUCGGAAACCCCAAAGAACGACGACAAGAGAAGAACCAAGCGCCGUCGAAGAGCCUGCUGGCGAUCCCCGUGGGGAUCAAGAAGAAGGCGGCCGUGGACAAGCUGGUCUCCAAGUUCCCCGCCGACCGCUUCACGGUGAUGCUGUUCCACUACGACGGGGCGCUGGAGCAGUGGGGCGACCUGGAGUGGUCGGCCCGCGCCGUGCACGUGGCAGCCCCGGGCCAGACCAAGUGGUGGUUCGCCAAGCGGUUCCUGCACCCGGACGUCGUGGCGGAGUACGACUACGUCUUCCUCUGGGACGAGGACGUCGAACUGGACGCCUUCGACCCCGUGAGGUACCUGGAGAUCGUCCGUAAACAAGGGCUGGAGGUGUCGCAGCCGGCGCUGGACCGGCGGUCCGAGAUCCACCACGCCCACACGGCCCGCCGGCUCGCGCGGCCCAGCCGGCCCGACGGGGCCGAGGCCCACGGGGCGGAGUGGGUGGAGGGGAUGGUGCCGGUCUUCUCCCGGGGCGCGUGGCGCUGCGCGUGGGGCAUGGUCCAGAACGACCUCGUGCACGGCUGGGGGCUCGACUACAAGCUCGGGUACUGCGCCGGGGGUGACCGGACGGCGACGAAGGUUGGUGUGGUUGAUAGUGAGUAUGUUCUGCACAGGGGCGUGCCGACGCUUGGUCAGGGCGGCGGCAACCGGGUCGCCGUGAGGCGGAGGUCGUUUGUGGAGAUGCAGAUGUUCGACAGGAGGUGGGAGGAGGCCGUCGCCGAGGAUGGGUCCUGGACCGACCCUUAUGCUCAGCCGGCGACCGCAAGAUGAGGUGAUUGGCUGACUCCAGAUGAAGCGACCAGCAGCUUAGCUAGCCUUCUCGAUUAUAUUGACCUUAAUUGUAUAGAUGAUAUUAGUAGCUAAGGUUCAUAGCAACUCCAUUUUGAUGAUGUACAUAAUACUAUUGCGAAGUCAGAUCGAUGAUGUAGUUAUUGAA